AUGGACUAUGACGUCAGCUCGCUGCAGAAGUCCUUCCAUUGGGCAGCAGUCUGUGUCAGGACCUUGCUGGCUCGCUUUGGGCAAGGAGUGCUCAACACUGGGCUUUGUCAGGCUGCUCGUUUGUCCAGCCAUUGCAGUGGGUGUGGCUCAGCAGAAGAGAGAGACGCUACUUGUCAGAUGCUCCUGUACUCACAGCAUCAAGCUGCUGUGCAUAUGGUCUCUGACAUCUUUCAUCGGUGGCAUGAUUUUCAGACGUUAGGGGAUCCUGGGCAGAUGCUGAGCAGUUUGCCUCAGCAGCAAGUGGAGGUGAUGUUGGAAAGGCCCUGCUCCCCAGAAAUCCCUUGUCUGACGCAUCGACGUCUGUGUAGAGUGUCUGACGGUGACAUAGAUGUGGACGUAACUGGAAGUCCUUGCCAGGACCAUUCUCCCUGUGGCAACAGGUUGGGGUGCCAUGGGCCCAGGUCUUCUGUCUUCAAGGCGUACUGUAAGACAAUGAGGCACCUGCAACCUCGUAUCAUCAUCCACGAGAAUGUCUGUCAGUUUCCAGCAAGCUUCCUGUCUGACGAGUUGUCUGACAUCUAUGCUUUGUUUCCGAUCUACGUGGACGCAAGUCAUGUCGGCAUGUCAGCGAUUUCCAGGCAGAGGUCCUAUGUGAUCGGUUUUCAUCGAAUGAAAACCUGUGUGACUACCAACCCUGCAGCAAUGUAUGACUUGUUCAUCACACAGAUCAACAACUGGAACCAUGUGGAUAGUCCUGACGAGUUCUUCAUCGCCACAGAUGAGGAGGUGGAGGAGGAAGUCAGACGUCAAGCAUUGCGCAGAGGAGAUCCCAUCUGGCAAUGGUCUGGCAAUGAUCCUGAAACUCGUCGGGCGGACGUCAGGCGAACUGUCCUUGGAUUCGGCGAGCAAGAACGCCUGACGAGAUAUGAGGAGAAUCUUCCACAUGAUUCAGUUGAACCCUUCUCAAGUUUUUUUUGCUUCAGAUCCUGUUUAAUAAAGUUGAUUUAA